ACAUAACUCACGUUACACUCGAAUCAUACUAUACUUGUAGCAAGAUAAUUGCCUAUGUACUUAAUUUAACAGGAACUCUCCUUACCUUAGAGUUCUGCGGUCGGUUCUCGGGAAGAUAUUAUUGACAAGGUCCACCAAUAAGUCCCACGAGCCAAACCCCAGAACAAUGGCCAGUGAGGCUAAAGGGAGGACUUACCUCUCCUUGCUCCAAGCGUGUGAUAACUUCCCAUACGACAUUGUGCCCUCGGACACAUACUACCUGCUGUUACUACCCAAUGAUGAUCAACCACAUGGGUAUCUACUUCCAGAGAUCGUCCAAAAAAUGCCAUGGACGUCUCACUUCCAAGUCAAUCACAGCACGCCGCGGACCGUCUCAGUGCUAGAUUCCUCUAAUGGGAAAGACACAGCCAGCGCAGUCAAUGCGGCGUUCUCGGAGCUAAUCAAUAUCUGCAUCGAGCAGAACCUCUUCCACAUUUUAGAUGGCAAACACAGCGAACCGUUCGCCAUCGUGAGCGCAAAAUACCCCGUUCACAUGGAGCGCUUCGCUGCCGCGCUGUUUGGUAUUACUAGCCGGGGCGCAUAUAUCACGGCGUACACCAAAACCCCCGAGGGAGAGAUCAAACUCUGGAUCGGCCGUCGUGCGGCUCAUUUAUACACUAGUCCGGGAAUGCUAGACGGGACCGUAGCAGGUGGCAUCAAAGCAGGUUCCAGCCCCCUCGAAACUAUCAUCCACGAAGCCGACGAGGAAGCCUCCCUUCCGGAGAAACUAGUGCGUGAGCGUGUGCGCUCGGUCGGAGUCCUGACGUACAUAACCGCAACUGGCCCUGACUUUCCCGGUGAAAAGGGGCUUGUCAUUCCGGACAUCAUAUACGUCCACGACCUCGAGCUUCCCAGCGAUGUCGUUCCAAAGCCAAAUGAUGAUGAGGUCGAAACGUUCUACUCAAUGACUGUUGAGGAAGUGCAGAGGGGCCUGCUAAAUGGGGAGUUCAAACCUGAUUCGGCGGCUGUGCUUAUUAACUUCUUUAUUAGACAUGGUGUUAUUACUGCGGAUAAUGAGAAGGAUUUUGUUGAGUUGAGUAUGCGGUUACAUCGUAGACUGCCUUUUAGGACGCCUUGAUGCUGGGAUGAAGGUAUUAUGUGAUUUGUAAUGAUGGACUAGAGAGGUGGUUGAGGGAGGUUAAAAAUAGAAUGAGAUGGUCAUCACGAUCAGCUCUGGGGUAACUUAGGGGGUUUUUAUGGGUAAAUAAGGCGCCUAUGCGGAAGAUGGGCUGGCAUUAGAGGGUUGUAUUACUUAAGGAGGCCACUGCUGCUUCAUAGCUGUUAAUACUUAAACGUGAGGGGGUCUACCCGAGCUCUAGAGGUAUUAAUGAGAGAAAAAUAUACGAUUCAAAGGAGUAAUAUCAAGCAUAUCAAUGUAGUAACCUUAGGAUGGACUGCUAAGCACGAAAUGG